AUGGCCAGGACCGGUUUCUGCGGCUCAAAACCUCUGCUGGACUUACACAAGAAGGCGGAUGAGAGACGAGCCCCCUUAAGAGCUUGGGCUAAUACCUGUGGACCUAAAGAUUGCUGGGAGCCUGUUGAAGUAGACGAGUCCAGGAUGGCCCCUGUCAAAAUGGAGCCGGAGCGCAGAUGGGACAGAAGGUUAUCAGCACAAACAAGUGAAAGCAUCAUCAUGGGUUUCCAUGAGGACAGCCAGACAUGCUCAGCUGGCAAUGUGAUUGCAGAUGGUUGUCUGGAGGAGCCUUUGCUUCUCUUUCCUCAUGGGCUGCAGGGUCUUCACAGCCUGCAGGCACUGGUGCCCAGCUUGCUGCGCCAUGAGGUGGAGACAGCACUGGAGAAACUGGACCUCAUAUGGGACCGGACGUUUGCCUGGGACAUGUUCUUGGACAUGAUGAGAACUCAAACCCAAAACUCUUUUCCUAACGCUGACCUCCCCUGGCAUUUCACUGAUGCCACCCGGGCUACUCUGGUAGACUGGCUCAUUCAAGUUCAUGAGAUAAUGCAUUUCCAGGAGGAGACUCUCUAUCUGACCAUACACCUCCUCAACCGUUCCCUGCGUCAAAUCAAGGUGACCACAGUCAACCUGCAGCUCCUUGGCAUGGUUUGCCUCUUCCUUGCUGCAAAGAAGGAAGAAUGUAUUCUUCCUGAGGUGUCUGGUCUCUGCCACUUAAUGGAUCACACCUACACUAAACAUCAGCUGUUGCGGAUGGAGCGCAAAGUCUUCUGCGGGCUCAAGUUUGAUUUGUCCUACUGCCCCCCUCUGCAUUUCCUCCUCCUCCUCGCCUCCAUUGCCCGCUGCAGUGCCAAGGUGGUGUGGAUGGCUCGUUAUCUCCUGGAGUUGUCCCUCUUGGAGGGUCAGUGUGUGGUGUUCCUGCCUGUGCAGCUGGCAGGAGCAGCCCUCUGCUUGGCCCGCCAAGUCCUGCAGGAGCCUCCGACACCAGAGGGGGAGGCUGCCUGGUGUCUGGCCUCAAGCAUCCAUGUUGGCAGUGAGACUGCCGUGCUGAGGAUCAUGCACAUUCUAGCCAAUGCUGCAACCAAGGCCCACACCCGAGAGACCUGUGCUACUUUUAUCAAGUUCUCCUCCCCGGAAACCAUGCAUGUCAGCAGACAUCCUGGUCUACAGAACCCCUCUGGUCUAUGA